AUGGCGUCGUCUGACGAGAUUCCGCCGGCGCUAGAGGCCGACUUCGUCGCUCUGCGAAAACUGCGCGACGACGACGAGAGCGGUGCGCUCAAGGAGUACUUCGGGGGCGACGAGGACCCGCGCGAGUGGAAACAGCCCGAUGGAGAUACAAUUGUCACGGUAGAGGACGGUCGGGUGACGGAGCUCGACUUGUACAAGUGCUCGAGCCUCGUCGCGCUGCCGGACGCGAUCGGCGAGCUCGGCGCGCUGAGGGAGCUCAACAUGCUCCAAUGCGGAAGUCUCACCGAGCUACCAGAGGCGAUCGGCAAGCUUACGAAGCUGAUGAAGUUCCGGUUAUCUCGCGCAGUCAUCACAGUGCUACCGGAUUCGAUCGGCAAGCUCGGAGCCUUGACGGAGCUCACCUACAGCGUCCAACACCGACCGCGCGCCCCCGUCCGGCUCUCAAGGACAAAACGCAGUCAACGAGGAGUUAGUGAAAGCGCUGGCGAAGGCCAACGGUACGUGCAACAACUCGUGCAACUGCAUCGUAGCCUGAACAAGAAAAUCAACGCGCCCGGCGCGAAGCCUCCCCGGCGAGGCACACCACUCACAUGCGAGCGCUCCAGACCCAGCAAAACUCCCCACCCCCCGGGGAGCGUCGCGUAA